AUGAAUGUGGCCAAUUCGUCCUCGCGACUAUGCAGAGCCACCGCCCGACUUCCUACCAAGCGGCCUGUGCUAUACCAACCUGCACUUAUACGAAGUUGCUCCUUUUCAACGGUGCAAACGAAAAGAGACAGCCAUGAGAGGCCAUCAACAAUACAAUUCCAGGCCACUGACCCGUUGAGCGCCACGGAGCCACGGUUCGUGGCCAAUGUACAUCAAGCACUGGAGCGCAGUGGAAUGGCCAAGAUUAAGCUCGACUUUUCAGACCCAAAGAGCAGCUUUCUCGAGAAAUUGGUUUGCAGCUUCAACAAAAACCACGGUCAUCAGCUUCCCAUCACCCACAGCGCAUCGCAGGGCUGGUUCUGGGACGUUCGUCCGAGCAAUGGAACGCUGAUUCCGCUCCAGACGGCCAACCAUCGUGCGCGCUCCGAGACCAUGGAAGACUUUCCCUGGCACACGGACUGCAGCUACGAGGCCUCGCCGCCGCGCUACUUUGGUCUUCAUGUGCUGCAGCACGACCGACACGGAGGGGGCACUCUGUCUGCCAUGAACAUUGAAAAGCUCGGCGAGGCUCUGUCGCCCGAGGCUCGACAGUCUCUACGACGCAAUGAGUACACGAUUACUAUUCCCCCAGAGUUUAUCAAGGAUGUCUCUCAGACAAAGAUUGAGGGCAACAUCAUGGCUUUUGGUCAGACAAGCGGCUCAACAACAACCAUGAUGCGAUAUCGGCGCGAUCUGCUGAAACCUCAGACUACCGCGGCGGCUGCGGCCCUGCACGAGUUGGACACGCUGCUUGAUGGCACAUCUGGCGUGGCUGCAAAGUCUACUGUCCAUCUAACGGCAAGCGAUUGCCCGUCUGGUACAAUUAUAUUGAUGGAUAAUAGGCGUUGGUUACACGCGCGUAAUCAUAUCAAGGACCCAGACCGUCACCUGCGUCGGAUACGUUGGGAUGCGAUUCCGUUUCCACGAGACUAG